AUGGCUGAGGUACUACAGCCAACCCCUGCCGAAUCCCAGGCAAAGCAUGUUGUUUACUGCGGUGUUUGCACAUUGCCUGCAGAGUAUUGUGAAUUUGGUGGCACCGCAAAGAAAUGCGAGGAAUGGCUGAAAGAUAACCACCCGGAUAUGUACCAGCAACUAUAUUCCGAGGAAGCCCUUAGUUCGAAUCUGUCCAACCUUUCGGUAUCUGUCCGUGAGCGUGCAGCCAAAGAUGCUGCCAAGAAGGAGGCAAAGGCUGCUUUAGCAGAAGCCCGGGACGCCGAGCGAAAGGCGGCUUCUAAAGUUCUUAUCAAACGAGUUGAGCGCAACAAACGCAAGCAUGUCAGUGUGAUCACCGGGCUAGAGGUAUACGGUCUAGAAAACAAGAAGAUCGCCAAGGAACUCGGCAAGAAGUUUGCGACUGGCUCUUCAGUGACAAAAUCCGCCGCCGGAACCGAGGAGAUCACGGUGCAGGGUGAUGUGAGCGACGACGUCAAAGACUGGUUGUUGGAGGUGUACGGGAAAGAAAUUCCAGAAGCGAAUAUUGAGCUUAUCGAGGACAAAAAGAAGAAGGGGGGAAGCUAA